AGGUGGGAUGGACGUGAGGGUGCAGGUGUGGCGUUCCCAGGAGUGCCAGCCCAGAUGGACGCUUCCACGGCUCCCCCGCCCUUGGGUGCUGGGGUGGGUCAGCCCCGACACGUCAGCUCAGGUCCCCUGCUCAGUCUGGCUCCAUAGAGCCCCCGGGCCGAUGGCUGGUCUGAACGUGUCUCUCUUGUUCUUCUUGGCCACCAUUGCCCUGUGCCAGGCGGCCAGGAGGGCGGCCAAGGCCCUGCUCCCCAAAGGUGCCUACGUCAGCUUCGCCCUGGGGGUGGCGGGCGCGGCCCAGCUGGGGACCUGCUGCCUGGAGAUGCGGAUGCUGGCAGAGCUGGGCCCCUGGGCCGGGGGCUUCGGGCCCGACCUGCUGCUGACCCUGCUGUUCCUGCUCUUCCUGGCACACGGGGCCACCUUUGACUGGGCCUCGGCCAACCCCACGGUGUCCCUGCAGGAGCUCCUCCUGGCUGAGGCCUCUCUGCCCGGCACUCUGCUCAAGCUGGCGGCCCAGGGGCUGGGCAUGCAGGCGGCCUGCGCCCUGACCCGGCUGUACUGGGCCUGGGAGCUCAGCGACCUGCACGUCCUGCAGAACCUCAUGGCUGAACACUGCAGCUCGGCCCUGCGCACAACCGUCACCCACGGCGCGCUGGUGGAAGGCACCUGCGCCUUCGUCUUCCAUCUGGCCCUCCUCCGCCUCAGGAAUAGCCUUCCCGUCUACAGAGUGCCAGCUGUGGCCCUGCUGGUCACCGUCAGCGCCUACACAGCUGGACCCCUCACAUCUGCUUUCUUCAACCCCACCCUGGCCGCCUCAGUUACCUUCCACUGCUCAGGGCACACCUUGCUGGAGUAUGCCCAGGUGUACUGGCUGGGCCCUCUGACAGGGAUGGUACUGGCCGUCCUGCUGUACCACGGCCACCUUCCCCGCCUUUUCCAGAGGAACCUGCUGUACGGUCAGAAGAACAAGUAUCGAACCCCCAAAGGGAAGCCAGCCCCGGGGCCUGAAGGCGCCCAGACACCCACAGAGGGCUGCAGAGGCCAGGAGCCCAGGCAGAGGCGGGCGAGGCAGCAGCCACUGGGCUCCCUGUGGAGCUCCAUGUGGAGGCCAGGCCCCUGGCUGAGGGGCAUGAAACCCGCCCCCACUGCCUCCCCAGAAACCAUCCGUCAAUAAACCGCCCCAGCCCUGCCCGUCUCCCUGGCCUAGCAGAAGCCUCUGAAGAAGCGGAGGCUGGUCUUAGUCCCCCGCAUAGUUUCACAAGGUCUGUCCCGCCUCUUCCUGGCAGAGUCAGAAUCAAAGCCAAGACCGAGGAGGAAAGGCCAAAGUGCAGGCAGGCAGCCUGGGCCUGGGAAGACCCGAAGGCGGAGUCUCCCAUAAAGGGCUCCUGGCUGCCCUGCACACGCCCCUGCACUGCGGCCCAAGGAGCUCCGAGUGGCUAGGACACCCUGAACUCUCCUGGGAGGUUAUGGGUGGUGCCUGGAGCCUGAGGCUACAGGGGAGUGGGCCAGUCAAAGGGCCCCCAACCCCUUCAUCCAUCAGCACCCUGGACCUCAAGGCAGCAGGUCCUCAAAGCCAGGUUAACCCUUGCCAAUCACAGGGCCUUCAGGGCAGAGAUUCUCCCCCCUCCCCCCUCACUCCUCAGCCAUUUCCUCCCCAGAGUGGAUCUGGAAUCUUUCACCCCAAGAGGCCAGAGGCCCCUCAGUUGGGGGUCCUGGAGCCCCAUCCAGCCCAAGGCCCCACCCUGCCAUCCAGCUGAGGACAGGAGGGAGAACCAAAGACAGGUCCUGGUCAACUUCUCCCUGGGACACCACCCAGGGAAGGUCCAGGAGAGAACCCCCACCCCAUUUCCCAUGGCUCCCCAACCCAGCCUGGCAGUGCGGCUGCUCUGUCUGAACCCCAGCCUCCUCCCCUCCUUGGAGUGGCCCCCGGAGAGUAAGGGAGCCGGGACACCUAGCAUUAGGGCCUGAGAGCCAGCUGCGCGUCUUCCAGAAAGAGAGCCCCGAGCGAGUGCACGGGGUGGAGAGGGCCACCAGCCCCCCUCAGAGGAGGCCUGUGUGGACCAGCAGGCGGUGCUGGGGGAGGGCGGGCACUGCAGCAGCAGCACGCAGAGCAGAGGUGGAAGCCCCUGGAAGAAAGAGGGGUCCUCAGGCAGCACCAGGGCCCGAGGUGGGAGGCAGCUGGCAGGUCUGUCCCCAAGGUCCCUCUGGUCUCUGCACAACUGCUUCCAGGACAGAAACUGCUGAUGCUCAGGCAGUAAACAUCAGUAAAUUAGUACAAAAAAAAUGGGCAUGUAGACAUUGCAACAAAGCCUGUGAACCAGGAAAUUAUCAGGAUGAUUCGAGGAGCUAGAAUUUCUAUUUUAGAUGCAAUCAGUAUGGUAAGCAAUAUCCAUUAAGAUUGGAAACACAAAUUAAAUUUAAGGAACUGCAUUCAGUGGAAAAGAAUACAAUGUUCAUAUAAAGCUUUGAUGAACCAAUUACUGACAUAGAAGUUAAAAGUUAUUUUUUCUUUUUUAAAAAAAUAUGUUUUUAUUGAUUUCAGAGGAAGGGGGAGGGAGAGAGAGAGAAACAUCAAUGAUGACGGAGAAUC